GUGGUGUAUGCGUGUCUCCACCACAACCCAUGACAGCUGAGGAACAGCCUCUACAGCAGGGGGACCUCCUGCUGAAAAAGUCACACCAACAGAAGCUCCUGAACUAUACAGAAGCCACCAAAGAGGGUCUGCAUUCCAGGGGCCAGUGGGCGAGUAAGCUGAGUUCCUCCUGGCUGCGGCAGGGCAGAUCAUUGGCCUUGGGCAACGUCUGGAGGUUCCCUUACCUCUGCUACAAGAAUGGAGGAGGUGUAUUCUUUGUGCCCUACUUGUUGUUCCUGGUGUUGUGUGGCAUCCCUCUGUUCCUCUUGGAGACCUCGCUUGGACAGUACACCAGCCUGGGGGGGGUCAGCGCCUGGAGGAACAUCUGCCCAUUAUUUGGAGGUCUGGGCUAUGCCAGUCAAAUGAUGAACCUGCAUGGGUGCGUGUAUUACAUUGUGAUCCUGGCAUGGGCUGUCUUCUACCUGACCUACAGCUUCCAGACUGAGCUGCCCUGGUCUCACUGCAACAACACGUGGAACACUGAAGCUUGUUCCCUGUUUGAUCACCACAACCACACAGCCAAUGGGAGCAGCCUGCCUGAAAAUGUUACUUCCCCUGUCAUGGAGUUUUGGGAGCGGGAAGUUCUCCACCUAACCAGCAGUUUAGAUGAGCUCGGACCAAUCAGCUGGAAGCUGGCCCUGUGCCUAGCUGUUGUCUGGAUCAUCUGUUACUUCUGUGUCUGGAAGGGGGUGAAAUCUACUGGAAAGGUGGUGUACCUGACUGUUACUUUCUCAUAUGUUAUGCUAUUUGUGCUGCUCGUGCGUGGUGCUACAUUGCCUGGAGCGAUGCAGGGUAUCAUCUACUACCUCAAACCCAACCACACCCGUCUGGCAGACCCACAGGUAUGGAUGGAUGCAGGAACACAGAUAUUUUACUCUUAUACAAUCUGUUUGGGGAGUCUCACAGCACUGGGCAGUUACAACAAAUACAACAAUGAUUGUUAUAAGGACUCCUUCUUGCUGUGCCUCCUGAACAGCAGCACUAGUUUUGUGGCGGGUUUUGCCAUCUUCUCCGUGUUGGGCUUCAUGGCUGAGGAACAGGGCGUGGACAUCGCCACUGUGGCCCAUUCAGGGCCUGGCCUUGCCUUCAUCGCCUACCCCAGAGCUGUAGCCAUGAUGCCUUUACCUCAACUCUGGGCUGUCUGCUUCUUCCUCAUGAUCAUCAUGCUGGGUUUGGACUCAGAAUUUGUGAGUCUGGAGGCCCUGAUGACGUGUGUGACAGACUUGUACCCACAGUUGAUCAGACGAGGUCACCGCAGAGAGCUGCUGCUGCUGUUUAUCUGCCUUGUCUGCUUCCUUGUAGGCCUGGUCAUGGUCACACCGGGCGGUCUGUAUGUCUUUCAGAUCUAUGAUCAUUUCUCCUGCAGUGGAGCCAGCCUGAUGCUACUCUCUAUCUUCCAGUCUCUGGCCAUCGGCUGGGUCUAUGGAGCCGAGCGGUUCAGCGCUAACAUCAAGGACAUGACUGGCGACAGACCCAUGACUGUCUUCAUACUGUGCUGGAAAUACUUCACCCCAGCUGUGUGCACUGCUACCUUUGUGUUUUCUUUAGUACGUUGGGCUCCACUGGAACUGGGGAAAGGUCUGGUGUCUCCAGUUUGGGCCACCACCCUGGGCUGGCUCCUUACAAUCUCCUCCGUCUCCCUGCUUCCCAUCUGGGCCAUCUACGCCCUGGCCACCACCCCGGGAACUCUGAUCCAGCGCUUCCGUCAUCUGUGUACUCCGGCUGUAAACUCAUCACAGGCCUGCUGUCAUUUCCCAACCAAGAACUCCGCCAUCCUUUACACGCCUGCACUGCCCAUGACGGAGAAACUAAAGCAGCAAUGCUCAUCGGGAUCAUGUGACCUAAUUAUGGUCACUGACCAGGCAAUGAUAGAUUCUGCUCAGCCUGUGGGGCAACAGGGCGGACCAAAUUUAGCUUUAUAGCUACUGGGUGCUACUUUAGGUGGUGGAUCCUUCAAGCUCGAAAUCUUUGGCCAAAGUCAGAUUAAUUUAUACCGCACCUUUACAAGAGCAUUUUCCUGAUACAAAUGAAAUGCUGCUGUAAAAGUUUAAAGUUUGCUAAACAUGAAAUACCAAAUAUAUUUUAGCUGCAGGAUUUAGAUAGAGUUUACAAUAUGUGACUUUUUAAAACAUGCAUAUGCUUGGAGAAACACUGCACAAGGACCAUUUGAACAUGCGAUCAUUCAUCAUACGCAUCGCAGGUGGAUAGCUUAAACCUCAGUGACAUAAACAGGAAGUGCCAAUGAAUAAACACUCCCAUCAUCACCAGCCCACAUUCAAUCAGUUUAUAGCCCUUAAAGCUUAGUUGCUGUUGUAUUAAACUGUACUUUCUACUCAAAUUCCUUUAAUGUUUUCACAGUUUGUUUACUUCACAUUUAACACUUGUAGGCCCAGAAAGCAGACUUUAGUCUGCAGUGAAAAUCCCCCCAAAGUUUAGCAUAUGACCAUCCUCCCUUUGUUAUAUAACUGAGCUGAGUCUCUGUGUGCUUUGUAUAGCCUGCAUAUGUAAUAACAUAUGGAGGCUGACACAGGUGUCAGCAGAGAAAGCAGUCUAUUGUUUCUUUGGAAUGUGGCAAUUAACACUUUUAUGCCCAGACAGUUUCACUUAGGCACCAACCUCCUUCCUUUGUUAUAUUACUGAGCUGAGUCCCUGUGUGCUUUGUAUAGCCUGCAUAUGUAACAACAUAUGGAGGCUGACACAGAGAAAGCAGUUUAUUGUUUCUUUGGAAUGUGGCAAUUAACACUUGAAGGCCCACCCUUAGCAAAAAGUAGAAUACUUAAAGUUAAUUUUAUUAAGUAUGUUUGAGUCUAAGUAUAGCAAGGAUACUACAGACCGUGUACUGUUAGUAUACUAGAAUGUACACAAAUGUAAUACUUUUUCAGACUAAACUGGAACAUUUCAAGUUUA